AUGGCCUCCCACACAUGCCAGUUUUCGAGAACCCCGUCUUUGCGCGCGGUCCAAGGGAAGAGACCUGCCCUAUCCUGGUUCUCCAUGCACCCAAUGAGAGUGUUCGAGACAUUGACGGAUACGUACAAUAAUCGCGAUCGUGAUCAUUUUGAUCUGAUACUUUAUGAAUCCUCUUGGAUCAACGAUCCAGGGAAGGCAGCUUUGCUUUCCGACAUUGAAACGGCUUUCAGCAGAGAGAUACCUAGGGGAGACUUUUCAGUGCAGAAACUUAUUCAACGCAUAGAUGAGCAGGCGAGGAAAAGAUUCCCUGAUGAUGAUGAUGAUGAUGAUGAUGAUGAUGAUGAUGAUGAUGAUGAUGAUGAUGAUGAUGAUGAUGAUGAUGCAGAUUGGUUCGACAGCCUGAUAUAG